AUGUCUCCACCAACAGCUAUUGUGGCCGUCUACGCAGCCAUUGCAGCCGUGGCUGUGGUGGUGCCAGUGGCGGAUGGGGCCCGCGCCUUCUUUGCACUUGGUGCAGAAUCAACAUUGCCGUACUUGAACCCUGACCUUCAAGGGGAGAAACUUCUGGUUGGAGCAAAUUUUGCAUCUGCAGGAAUUGGAAUUCUUAGUGACACCGGCAUUCAAUUUGCAAACAUAAUACCAAUCGACAGGCAGUUGGAAUAUUUCGAACAGUACCAAAGCCGAGUUAGUGCAAUAAUUGGCGAUGAGCUGGCAGUAUCGCUCGUAAACGGGGCUCUUGUGCUCAUCACUUUGGGAGGAAAUGACUAUGUCAACAAUUACUUCUUGACACCUGUCACUUUAAGAAGACUUCAAUACAAUCUUCAAGAUUAUUCCUACCUCCUCAUCUCAGAGUACCGCAAAAUUUUACAGAGGCUAUAUGAGUUGGGAGCCCGGCGUGUCCUAGUCACCGGCACGGGCCCACUCGGUUGCGUGCCUGCUGAGCUGGCAACGAGGAGCACGAAUGGAGAAUGCGCAGAGGAGCCUCAGAUGGCGGCUGCCAUAUUCAACCCGUUGCUCGUUCAAAUGAUUGCAGGGCUUAACCAAGAAAUCGGGUCCAACGUUUUUGUGACGGCUAAUACAAUGCAAAUGCAGAAUGAUUUCAUCAACGACCCUCAGGCCUUCGGUUUUGUCACCUCAAAGGUGGCGUGUUGUGGUCAAGGGCCAUUCAAUGGGUUGGGGCUUUGCACUGUUCUCUCUAAUUUGUGCCCAAAUAGGGAUUUAUAUGCCUUUUGGGACCCCUUCCAUCCAACUGAGAAGGCCAACAGGAUUAUUGUUGACACAAUUUUGACUGGUUCAGAUAAGUAUAUGUCUCCAAUGAACCUCACCACCCUCAUGGCUUUGGGUUCCAAGGAAUAUUAACUUCUAUUAAUUUUUCGGUCGUAAGAUUAUAAUCUUAAAGAUUCUAUGCCAUCCUUGUUUUUAUAUCAUUAUUAGGUUCUUUAUUUCCUUGUUAAUUUUGUCCGAUAAUUGUGUAUUCAUAAUUUUUAGACUUUGGACUGCCAAAAGCAAUGAACCAACCCAAUGGAAAAAAAAAAUGUUGAUUUGAUUGGUGUAUUAAUAUGUAAUAAAUGUGAG